AUGUCAACACCAGAUUUACAUUUAACAUCUACUUCAUUGGCUACUAUCCCCGUAUUUAAACAACAACAACAUUCCCCAAUUUUGUCAAGGGAAGCUUUGGCUGCUGUUUUUCAAUCUUCUACUACCUCCUCUUAUGGACAACUACACCAGCAAAGAAUUAGUCGUCAAAAUAGCCCAAAUAAUUCAAUACAAAAUGAAAUAAAUUUGAGGACAUCAACAACACGUUUGGUUAAUAGUUGCAAUUUGGCUGAGCUAACACCUUCAACUGGUCACUCAUCAAUAACCACGUUAAAAUCUGAUGAAGAAAGAUGGAAAAUAACAACACCUGAUCAUCAACAUCAACCACUUGUUGUUUGUCCACCACAAAUUACUAUUGCCCAACAAAGCCCUUAUUCAGCAAAAUCUUCACCUUCCGAAUAUAAUUGUAAUAUUAAUGAAAAUGAGAGUAACAUUAAAGAAAUUGGACGUCAACAACAGCAACAGCAACAAAUGCAAAAUAAUUAUCAUGGAAGAGAAAAACAUAAAAAAUAUAAAAAAUUUAGUUGUGGAGAAAGCAGCGCUGAUAGUCAGGUUAGCUCAACUAGAGGAGGAAGAGGAAGACGGUCUGCAAUAAACGAUAUGCCGCCAGAUGAACGUCGUGUAACCAUUUUAGAAAGAAACAAGGCAGCAGCUGUACGUUACAGAAAAAGAAAAAAGGAAGAACAUGACGAGAUUGUUGAAAAAGUGCAUAUUAUUGAACAAGAGAAGAAUGCGCUUGAAACUCAAAAUUCUGUUCUUCGAAGAGAAUUGGAACGUUUAACAUUUUUAUUACAGGAAAGAGAAAGUCGAUGUAUUUGUAAAGCAAAUCAAUUACAAGUUGGUGUAAGCAUAAUUGGACCCCCAUCACUCCAACAUCCACAACCAGAUGAAUUACAUCAACAACGGAGUCCAUCAACAUCAAGUUUUUUAAAUGGUUAUAGUUCUGGUCAUCCUCAUUCGCAUCAUCAUCCUCAACAACAAAUACGUCCUGGUUCUGCACAUUCUGCACAAUAA